AUGAGGUCACGAGGCUUCUUUCCUGACUCUUACUGGUACUGGCUGGGACUUGGGGCAAGUGUCGGAUUCGUGUUCCUGUUCAACAUCUUCUACAUUAUUUGUCUAACAGUCCUUGGCCCUUUCGAGAAGCCUCAGGCAGUACUACCGGAAGCUUCCGAAGACGACGACGACAGCCGAAAUAGAUUAGCCUCCACAGGCUCCAUUGAAGACAACGAGAACAAGAAAAAAGGAAUGGUACUUCCUUUCGAGCCACAUUCCAUCACGUUCGACAACAUCAGAUACUCGGUCGACAUGCCAGCGGAAAUGAAAGCUCAGGGAGUGAGUGAAGACAAAUUGGAACUGUUGAAGGGAGUUAGCGGCGCAUUCAGGCCCGGAGUUCUCACGGCUUUGAUGGGAGUGAGUGGGGCCGGAAAAACGACUCUGAUGGACGUUUUGGCGGGAAGAAAAACGGGAGGUUACAUCGAGGGUGACAUCACCAUCUCCGGCUACCCGAAAAACCAAUCCACCUUUGCUAGGAUUUCCGGUUAUUGUGAGCAAACCGACAUUCACUCCCCUAAUGUCACCGUUUAUGAAUCCCUCGUCUACUCCGCUUGGCUCAGGCUCCCUCGUGAUAUCGACUCCGAAACUAGAAAGAUGUUUGUUGAGGAAGUAAUGGAGCUGGUGGAGCUGAGCCCGUUGAGGGGAGCACUAGUGGGGCUUCCGGGUGUGAAUGGGCUCUCGACUGAGCAGAGAAAGAGGCUCACGAUAGCAGUCGAGCUCGUGGCAAACCCUUCAAUCAUAUUCAUGGAUGAGCCGACCUCAGGGCUUGAUGCCAGGGCAGCUGCCAUUGUCAUGAGGACUGUUCGCAACACGGUCAACACGGGGAGGACUGUCGUGUGCACUAUCCAUCAGCCGAGUAUUGACAUUUUCGAAGCGUUUGAUGAGUUGUUUCUGAUGAAACGGGGAGGACAGGAGAUAUACGUGGGCCCACUUGGCCGCCACUCGACACACUUGAUCAACUAUUUUGAGGGAAUUGAAGGGGUGGCGAAGAUUAAGGAUGGUUAUAAUCCGGCUACAUGGAUGCUGGAAGUUACUACAUCAGCACAGGAGCUGUCUAUGGGGUUGGACUUUACCGAACACUACAAGAAAUCAGACUUGUACAUGAGAAACAAAGCUUUGAUCAAGGAAUUAAGCGUCCCACGGCCUGGGACAAAAGAUCUUUAUUUUCCGACUAAGUAUUCACAAUCUUUCCUCAUCCAAUGCAUUGCUUGCUUGUGGAAACAACAUUGGUCAUACUGGCGUAAUCCGCCUUACACUGCCGUCAGAUUCUUGUUCACUACAUUCAUCGCUCUUAUCUUCGGUACAAUGUUUUGGGAUCUUGGCCAGAGAUGGAACACCCAGCAAGAUUUAUUCAAUGCCAUGGGUUCAAUGUAUGCUGCAGUCAACUUCUUGGGUUUUCAAUACGGUUCCACAGUACAGCCAGUUGUGGCCAUCGAGAGGACUGUCUUUUACAGGGAAAAAGCUGCCGGAAUGUAUUCUGCUCUACCAUAUGCAUUCUCACAGUUUCUGAUUGAGAUCCCGUACGUUUUUGUCCAAUCCGUUGUGUACGCUCUCAUUGUGUACUCCAUGAUGGGUUUCGACUGGACGGCCGAGAAAUUCUUCUGGUUCAUAUAUUUCUUGUUCUUCUCGUUAUUGUACUUUGUCUUGUACGGCAUGAUGACUGUUGCCGUAACUCCUAACCACAAUGUUGCCACCAUCAUCUCGUCCUUCUUCUAUGCCUUUUGGAAUUUGUUCUGUGGAUUCAUCGUCCCACGACCUAGAAUCCCUGUGUGGUGGAGGUGGUAUUAUUGGGCGACACCAAUGGCUUAUACACUGUACGGUUUUAUCAUCACACAAUAUGGUGAGGUUAGAGAUGUGAUGGAAGAUUCGGGUCAAUCGGUUGAGGAGUUCUUGAGGAACUACUUUGGGUUCAGACGAGACAUGCUUGGGAUGGUUGCUGGUGUGCUUCUCGGGUUUGUGGUGCUUUUCACCUUCAUCUUUGCCUACUACUUUAAA